AAUAACAGUUUGGCUUUGUUUGUACAUCUGCCUUAUAAAAACUUGUCCAUGAUGAUUUUUUUUCUUCAGACCAUUAGACCUCUCUGGGUUUACUGUUCCACAAUUCAUUAAUUUCUUCUUAUGCAAAUAAACUCUGAAAUUUUGCUUUAUUUUGAGCAGAUAGACCCAUUAGCUGGUCCUCUGUAAUAAUAUAAAAGGCUGAGCAGAGGAGCAUAUGCCUGGCACACUCAUCUGGGUUUCAGGAUGGCUGUGAAUUUCUAGACCUGCAUACAGAAACACACGGAGCCGGAGAAGGAGCAGUCACAGGUUUGUCAGAACUGCAAGAUAUUGUGCACUAUGACUGAGCAGGGGAGUGGAGCCAUCAGUGUUCCAGGCAUCGUUGCUCCAGGCAAUGCCUAUGUCACCCAUCCCAGGUAUACUGUGGCCUCUGAAAGCCUUGAGCAGACUUCGAGGGUAGCUGCUUACCCAGUCCCAUCAAAAGUAACCCAGUGUGACCCAGGAAGAGCAAACUUACAGAACCCACUCAUGGAGAGCCAGAAGCCAGCAGGAAUGCCAAGUAUACAGAGUCAAGCACCUGGACUCCAGCAUCCAGGGACAACAGUCAAUGUGCAGACUCCCUCUGGAGUCAUCCAAUACUCAGCAGGACCGACAGCCAUCCAGACCCUGCCUGAAGCUCCUCAGAAUCCUCCAAAUGCCAUCCCCGGGCCAGUAUACACCCCAAACCAGUCCCAAUGGAGCAUGUCAUUUGAAGCAUUCUCUGCAUUUAAUCCCAAGAAAUUCAUCAAUGAUGAGAGCAAAACAUUAGGGGCUGUUCAGAUCUUCAUCGGCUUGAUGCAUAUUGUCUACGGAAUCACCCCUCUGCUGUAUGACCAAGUUUCUGUGCUUGGGCUUUCAGGGUACCUAUUCUGGGGAGGAAUAAUGUUUGUUAUAUCUGGAUCCAUCUCGGUAUGGGCUGAAAAAAGCCACAACACCUGUGCGGUGAACGGCAGCAUCGUUGUGAACAUCAUGAGUGCCAUCUUCUCCCUGCUGGGGAUCUUCAUUCUUAUUGCAGACCUGGCUGUUUUAUCACCUCUGCGUAGCAACCUACAGCGUUAUGUGAAGCCAAUUUCUGCUUGUCUCCUCCCGUUCGCCCUGCUGGAGUUGAUCCUCACAUGUAUGAUCUCACAUUUUGGGUGCCAGGCUGUCUGCUGCAAAAAUGUUGAGAGCACGUCAAUGCUUUCAACCAUGUUCGGUAUCAACACAACCAGCACCGCCACCGGCCCUGUCAGUACUACCACCGGCCCUGUCAACAGUGUCGUCAUCCCUGUCAACACCGCCACUGGCCCUGUCAACACCACCAAUGGCCCUGUCAAUACUACCACCAGCCCUGUCAACAGUGUUGUCAUCCCUGUCAACUCUGCCACUGGCCCUGUCCACACUGCCACCAGUCCGGCCACCAUUAGCACCACCAUUCCUGCCUAUGCUACGUAUUCUGAACCUUCAUACCAGGAAGUAGCUGAUGUUACCCGGAGAUAGUGGGCAUGGGGAGCCUCUUCCAGAACAAGGAGGAACCACUGCAGCAGAGUCCUCUCUUCCUUCUGAAACUUCAUGACCUUGACAUAACAUUAUUGCGAGACUAACAUGACAACUAUUUCCUCCCCCUCCGCACCACUAAGCUUCAUUCUUGUUUGCUACUAAUGGCUUUUUCAUGACUCAUAAAUAAUUUCCCUUCAGCUCUA